AGGGAAGAGAAACAGUGUGUGAGAGAGUUGAAGAGUGGAGUGGAAUAGCAAACAAACUGAUAAAGAUUGGAAAUAGAAGAGAAUCAACAACAGCUGAUCACUGUAGACAACGGGGGAAGUUGAAAGAUAGACAAAGAGAGAGCGUUUGUGUGCAAUAGAGAGAGUGAGAGCGAUAGACAGGUAGAGAGAGGUGGAAUAGUAUUUGGAGGAACCUUUGGAGAGGGGAAAUCAAAGCGGAGUUAGUACGGUAUAGCGACUUUGAAUUCUCUAUGGAGAGCGUCACUCUAGCUCUAACAUUCGACGCGUCUCUACCUCCGACGCUAGAGCAGUCUGCAAAAACGUCGCGGUAAACUACGUAUACGUACAUAGAUUACGCGCUCUCAAUCAGCUACGUUCUACGUUGACGAACGUAUCACGACUUCAACGGAGUUUUCAACUGGUGACAACUGAAAGUUCACGAAGUUUCACGAAAAAAAUUGAACAUUUUUCGGGGGUUCUACAUUUGUUUCCCCAGUUUCUCGAAAAAUAUUGAAACCUAUUCGGGGUUUUCACAUUAGUUUCCCUGGUUAUUCAAGGAGGAUUGUAACUUAUACGGGGUUUUUACAUUAGUUUCCUCAUUUUUUUCGAAAAAAUUGAAAUUCAUCUGGGGUUUCUACAUUUGACCGCUUUUAAAUAUGGGCUAAGCUUGAGUGGGCUGAUGAAAAAAAUCAUAUUUCCAAGUUUUUCCAACCGUGAUUAGGGAGUUGAAAGGGUGUUUAAAAUUGUGAGGACUGGAAUAACAAAAAUUUCCACGUUUUUAUGUAUAUGUGAUAAAAUAAUUGAUUGUGUUUCCCCACAAGUAGCAACAGAAAAUCUCUCAACGUUUUUAUAAGUGCCAAAAAACUUGUUUGACGAUUUUCGUCUUAUAACAAUCAAAUUCUUAUAGCAGACUCCUUAAUGUGAUAAAUUUACGUGGAAAGGUUUGGGGCUAGACGACGAAUUUCUUCCAGUUUUUCCGGAAUCUGUGAUAAAAAACACGACAUUAAUAGCGCUUAUCAACUUGUUACACUGAAGUAAGGAAACAUCAACUAUCUUUCUCUAUAAAUAAAAUCAAUUUGUAGGUCUGAGUAUCCAAGUGUUUGACGUAUUCUUCAUUUUCAUGACAAGACAAGAAAUAACCACCAAGUUUUUAAAAUUUACUUUUUAUAAACCUCGAUGUCAAUAACGGCACUUUUCCUACCUGUGAUUCUUUAUGUAUCUCAGAAACUAUCACCACCACUAUUAAAUAGUGCCUACAAGCUUUGACUAUUUAUAAACCACGUCGUUUUUCCGGUAGUUCCCUGACCAGUGACUAUUUAUAAAACUUGACGUCUUAAUUGCUUCCUUCAUGAUUAUUGUGACACCUUGAGAAUCAUGCCGAUUCUCACGUUUUAACACCGGCAGCUCCACUAAAGUUUGUCAUUCAUGAUCAUGCUGAAGGCUGAGAUAGUCACGGUGCAUCACUUUGAAUCACGUCUAGAAAUGUCAUGUAGCUUUAUAAAUGUGUCACCAAUGUAAUGUGUGUGAGGAGAUUCAAGUGAAAGGUUUAAGUUUAGAAGAACUUGAAAGUUUGGAGGAGUAUUUUGUGAGAACAAGUCUACUAACUCAAAUUGUGAGCCAAAACACUGUUUAUAAACAAAAAGUUCUGUAUAAAAGUAUCCAUAACUGUGACAAUAAUUAUACAGUAACUGUGAACAGUAUUAAACAGUAACUUGAAAACAAAAUUGAAAGUGUGAUUAGCUUGAAAAAUUCUAUGAAUCACGUUCAUUUCUGACACAUGAAUUUGUAAUUGACACAAAGUUUAUGCAAAUUCCUCCAAUAAAUAUUGGAUACAAUUCAAUAUCAUUAACAAGAUCAAGAUAUGUAACAAGUACUUAUUAUAGCGUUCAACUGCUCUACGAAUGAUAUAUUAUACACCGUGAAUUUUGAACGAUCUAUUAGUAAUAGAUAAAUAGUACAUCAAUAAAUUAGUGCUACAUUGACUUCUCCCUCGAACAAUUCUAGGUUUUUCAAUACAGUAUACAAUAUUCUCAGUAUUUGAAUACAGUCUUCCCCAUAUACUAUUGUAUUAAGAGACUCGAAUAAGUAUUUAAUACAGUAUUCUCGUAACAAGGUUGGGGAAUAUAUGAGUGGAGUUUCGAAAUCAGUUUCUAAGUGUAUUGUUCUGAGGUAUGAAGAAUUUAAAGUUCUGUAUGUGAAUUUGGACAUCUCAACAAAUUAAGAACAUAUUGGACUAUCACAAACUGAUAAACUACACAUAUAUAGAUUAUAAUUUGAAUACAUGUGACAGAAAAAUGUCUCUCCAAAGUUGAUUGGUGACUAAAUUUUUGAAAAUACAGUAUUCUAUAGAAAAUCUUCGACUUUGAAAAUGAUGUGCGACACUAAACCGAUCGGCGGCGCACGCGAGCCCCAAAAUGGCGGCCAAAAUCCCCAAAACGGCAGCCGAAAACCGUCCAAAGAGCCCACGUCCUGGUCCGAGAUGACCUCGGGCCAAAAAAUGAACUAUCUAGUCAACAACAUCACCGUAGAGCCUAUGCUGGCCUGCUACAUUAUCCCCAGUGUUCUAGCCAGUUUAGCCACGCAGAAUUUGAACUUGGAAAAAGCUUGUAGGGUGAAUUUGAGGUACGGGGAUGAAGUUUGUACGGCGUUGGAAGCUAGACAGACGGCGAAUUACACCAGGGAGGAAAUUCACGUACAAGAGCUUGUAGCUCAUAUGAGCAUCUGGAAAACGUUCCUACAAAGUUCCCUGCCCGCUGUGCUAAUCAUGUUCCUUGGCUCCUGGUCGGAUCGUAGACGGAAACGAAAACCCUGUAUGUUAAUGCCGAUUAUUGGUGAACUAUUUACAAGUAUUGGACUGAUAGUUUGUACCUACUAUUUCUACGAGCUACCCAUGGAGGUGGCGGGGGUGGUCGAGGGACUUUUCCCCGCCAUAACAGGGGGUUGGAUGACCAUGUUCAUGGCGAUAUUCAGCUACAUAGGGGAUGUUACCACCCUGGAAACCCGUACCCUCAGGAUAGGGGUAGUGAACGUGUUCUGCUCCAUAGGCAUCCCUAUAGGAUCAGCUCUCAGUGGGGUGUUGUACAAGAAAAUCGGGUUUUACGGCGUUUUUUCGCUUGCCGCACUUCUAUACAUGUUCAGUUUCAUAUAUGGUGCUCUAAGGAUCAAAGAAAACCACGGACCUGAUUAUAUGUCGGACAGAGUUACCCAGCAGCCCUCUACAAACAAUAAGGUGCGUUUUCAAAUGCCGGAGAAGCUGUGGACUGGUGAUGAGAAGAAAGUCGCCGUGGAUAAGGAUAAGGAUAAAGGAUUCCUUAGGGACUUCUUCGACCUGCAACACAUCAGGGAUACGCUCCAAGUGGCUUUCAAGGAUGGAGCUAAUAACCGGAAGAAGAGAGUCAUACUUCUCAUGGUUGUCGUUAUGGUUGUCAUGGGACCUAUGCAUGGCGAAAUGACAGUGAUGUACCUGUUCACAAGAUAUCGGUUCAAUUGGAACGAGGUCGACUACAGUGUGUUCUCUACUUAUAGCAUGGUGACUAACUUAAUCGGUACCCUGUUCUCAGUGGGUGUAUUCAGUCAUAUGCUGAAAAUAGACGAUGCACUGAUCGGCGUAAUGUCUUGUAUGAGCAAGAUCAUGGCUGGCUUCGUCUACGCUUUUGCCACCACCACAUGGAUGAUAUAUCUAGCACCCAUUGUGGAUAUUGUUAAUGGAACGUCAUUCAUUGCAAUGAGAUCAAUUGCUUCAAAACUGGUGCCUCCCGAAGAACUUGGGAAAGUGAACUCACUAUUCGGCGUUUGUGAAGCCCUUAUGCCCCUGGUGUAUGGCCCUAUGUACAGUGCGGUCUAUGCUUCCACCAUGCAUACAAUGCCUGGGGCUUUCUUCCUUCUGGGAGGAGCACUAACCACACCAGCUGUCGUUAUUUUUGCUUGGAUGUACACAGAGCACAAAAAGGACGAAGUGCUAGAGAGAAUCGCCAAAGAGAAAGAGUGCCGAAAGGAGAAUGGCGAUUUGAAAAACGACUCUGUCAAAAUUCAGGUGGUUUCCACACCACAGAUGCAACCAGAAGUGCAACCACAGAGGCAACCAGAAGUGCAACCACAGAUUCAACCACAGAGGCAACCAGAAGUGCAACCACAGAGGCAACCAGAAGUGCAACCACAGAGGCAACCAGAAGUGCAACCACCGGGGCAACCACAAGUGCAACCACAGAGGCAACCAGAAUUACACCCACAGGGGCAACCAAACGAUGCAGGUUUUGUGAAUCAGGGAUUUGAAGCUGAUGAGACGAGUCGAUCAACAUAGAGUAGAACUGUAAAUAAAACGAAAGUAAUUUGUUAAAAACGUGUAAUUGUAAUACAGUUGUGAAAACGUUUAAAGAAGUGUGAUAAAUGUGUUGAAAGUGUUAAAAGAAGGUGGAGAGACUUUAAAAGUUGAUAAUCACAAUAAAACUGUACAUACAAGUUUUAUUUUGUACUACAGAGAUAUAAAUUAAUGUGCAAAAUAACUGGAAAUAGUGUAACAAGUUAUGGAGAGGUGUGAUAAAUGUGAUGAAAAAGUUUUAAAAUAGUAUUAGAACAGUGUAGAGAGACUUAUAAAAGUCAAUAAUCACAAUAAAUCUGUAAAUAGAAGUUUUAUUUUGUACAAAAAAGAUGUAAUUAAUGUGCAAAAUAAUUGGAAAUAGUGCAAACUCUUGUGAAAAAUGUGAUAAAUAUGAUAAGUGUGUUAAAAACAGUAAAACAAGUUAGAAAGACUUAAAAAGUCAAGAGUUUUAUAAUGUACAUUGUACAAGAAAAAUGUAAAUAAUGUGCAAAAUAAUUGGAUAUAGAGUAAAAAGGUGUGUUACCGCGGUAAGUGUAUUGAAAAUAGUGUUAAAAAAGAUGGUGAGAAUUGGAAAAGUCCAUAAUUACAAUAAAACUGUACAUAAAAGUCUUAUAUUGUACAGGAAACAUGUAAUUAAUGGACAAAAUAUUGGUAAUAAUAUUUGAAAAAGUGGAUAAUAUUAUAUUGAAUAAAUUUUGAUAAGUGUGUUGAAAUGGUGGUAGAACAAGGUAGAGAGACUUGAAAAGUCUAUAAUCAUAAUAGAACUGUAAAUAAAAGUUUUAUAUUGUACAAGAACGAUGUAAAUAAUUUGAAAUAACGUAGAAAAAGGUUGAGAAGAAAUCCAUAUUAUGGUAGAACUUUGAAUAAAAAUGAGUACCUAGGCUAUAAGUGAGAGAAUAAUAUUGUGAAAAAUGUGAUUAAAAUGUACGAUACCUACUGAAGAUACAUUUCAUAACAACAGGCCUACCGUAUGGCUCUAUUUAGGUCUCAAAAUACCUAAUAAAAUUAUGUAAAAUAUGUAUAUAGAUUAUAGAAAUUAAUACAGCGAUGUAUUUAUAUUAGGCUAAGAAACAGGGGCCAAUCUGGUGCAUUUACAUGAAGCCUAAAAUAUGAAGUAACUUUGUAUAUAGUCUAUUAAGGAGUUAUAAACUCGAAAUUUGAAAUAAAGUUAUCAUGAAUUAUGAACAGUACCGUAGUUGAUUCAAGGAGCUGUCU